AUGUCAGGUUGGAAGGCCUUCAGCAAGCCGGAUCUCAGUCAUGCCUACCUCCAGCUUGAACGUCAGGAGUCGUCACGUGAACCCCUUACUAUCAAUACACACCAGGGGCUUUACCAGUACACACGCAUGCCCUUUGGUGUAUCUGCUGCACCUGUAAUCUUCCAAAGGACUAUUGAAAGUCUUUUGGCAGACAUCCCCCAGGCAGUCGCAUUUCUUGAUGACGUACUAGUCACGGGAAAGACUGAGGCAGAACAUGUCGCUAAUCUCAACAAGGUCCUGAGUCGACUUCAGAGUGCAGGACUCAGUCUGAAGCGAGAGAAAUGCGUGUCCUUCGCCCCAGAUGUUGUGUAUUUGGGGCACCGUAUCAAUGCAGCAGGCCGAUGCACCAGUACCACGUAA